AUGGCGGUGCUGAGCCCGCGAUUCCUCUAUUGUGCAACCGCUACUCCAAGUCCACGUGAAUGUUCUCCAGGUUCCAACAUGGUCCGAGAGAAGGAAAGUCUGAUCGAAAAGUUACACGAUAUUCAGGCCAUAAAAUUUGGCGAUUUCACCUUGAAAAGCGGAAAACAAUCUCCAGUUUAUGUUGACUUGCGUGUGAUCGUCUCAUAUCCGGAAAUUCUGAAGCAGAUCAGUGGUAUGCUAUGGGAUGUCGCUACCUCAUCGAGAGCAGAUUUUUCUGUGAUUUGUGGCGUUCCUUACACUGCUUUGCCGAUUGCGUCUGCUAUCUCUGUGGGCCAAAAUGUCCCAAUGGUGAUGAGAAGGAAAGAAGCUAAAUCAUACGGAACGAAGCGGCUGAUCGAGGGAGUUUUUAAUCUGAAGAGCAAGUGCCUGGUAAUCGAAGAUGUCGUCACAAGUGGCUCAAGUGUCCUUGAAACAGUAGAGGCCCUUGCUUCGGUAGAGCUAGUCGUUUCGGACGCUAUAGUUUUGUUAGACCGCUUUCAAGGCGGAAAGGAGAUGCUUCAAUUUCAGGGUGUUACGCUUCACAGUCUUCUAACGCUCCCCGAAGUUCUUGAGGUGCUUUUGGCAAAGGGAAGAGUUGAUCAAGAAAUGGCGGGAAAAGUAAGGGAGUUUCUGUCAAGAAACAAGUUUGAGCCGGCAGCAGUUGCAAAGGUACCAGCCAAACCAGGAAGCAAACUAAGCUUCGAAGCAAGAGCGCAGAUUGCUACUAAUUCAGUAACCAAAAAAUUAUUUGAAGUGAUGCAUAACAAGAAAUCAAACCUGGCAGUCUCAGUUGAUUUCACCAGCUGUGAUAAAGUUUUGAGCCUUGUUGACAAGGUUGGGCCCUAUGUUUGCAUCGUGAAAACACACGUUGACAUUCUGGAAGAUUUCACCCCAGAAUUUGUCAAAUCACUUCAAAUGCUUGCUGCAAAGCACAACAUUUUGGUCUUUGAGGAUAGGAAGUUUGCUGACAUAGGCAACACUGUGAAGAAUCAGUACUCCAAAGGGUUGUAUCAUAUUGCAGAAUGGGCAGACUUGGUUAAUGCACAUGUAGUUCCAGGAGAUGGUGUGAUUAAUGGCCUCAAAGAAGUUGGUGCACCACUUGGAAGGGCAUGUCUGCUAAUUGGCGAAAUGAGUUCUAAGGGAACAUUGGCUACUGGUGACUACACCAAGGCUGCGGCAGACAUGGCAAAGGCUCACAAAGACUUUGUCAUAGGUUUCAUAAGCUUGUCAUGUUUGGUCAAUGAUCCUCAGUUUGUUCAUAUGACCCCAGGGGUACAGCUUAGUGCUGGAGGAGAUAAGCUUGGCCAACAGUACCUCACCCCGGAAGAAGUCAUUAUAAACCGAGGCAGUGAUGUUAUAAUAGUUGGAAGAGGUAUCUAUCAGGCUGAAGAUCCUGUUCAGGCAGCAGUUCAGUAUCAAAAGGCAGCAUAUGCAGCUUAUAUGCAAAGAACUGAAACUGAAUGAUUAGUUUGUGAUAUUGGAAUUUAUUACACAGGAUUUGUGCUCAAAAGCGAAGACUUAAAUUAAGAAUUUUACAUUCACCUUCUUCAGCAAUAAAAUGACUGCCAACGCAAAUGAGUGCUUUAAAAAGAGCCACAGAAACAUCACUUAGGAUUGCCAAGGGCCUUGUAAAUGUCAGGAAUGUAAAUGUGUUCAUUAAUGGCAUUCGGUUCCCUAUGGUCGAAAAGAUUAUUUUUAGAAGUGUGACAUUCAAUUUGUGAACCGAAUGCCAUUAAUAAACAAAUUUACAUUCCUGACAUUUACAAGGCCCUUGGCAAUCCCAAGUGACAUUUCUGUGGUUCUUUUUAAAGCACUCAUUUACUUUCGUAGCCAUUUUAUUGCUGAAGAAGGUUACAGUAUUUUAACCGAAACAUCCUCACAAAGUUUUUUAGUCAGUGACAACAAAAAUUUUUAUUCAUUCUAUCUAGACCAUAUCCAACUUUCAAUUUUCAAGAACCUUUUUUGUAUCUCUUCAAAUUACUGGCAUGACAUACCAUUUAUUACAGAUACAGUUGCGCAGUUUCACACCAGAUCCACAAAGUUUUGAUAGGGAACUCUAGGCAUUGAUUCAGAAGGCACUCUUCACAGACACAUUUUCACAAACAAGCAAACAAACAGCAAUUUGGUUUGCAAUAUUUAAUCCUGUUAUAGCAAGAAUUUUUUUUGUUAGACAAGUAAAAGAAACCCUAGGGUGUGAUGGGAAGUAAUGUGGAAGGGGGCUGCAUACCCAAGACCCUCUUUCUUUUGACACAUGUUUUCUUAGAUCAUGCCAAGAAAAAAAGUCUUCAUAUGAAUAGUAUUAAGAAAAACUUCCAUUAACUAGGGCACAUGAAAAAGUAGCAUUUACAUAGCCAUGAUCACUGUACUGACCUAUGAAGAUUGAAUGAGGUGUGAAGUCAAGUUCUACAGCUUGUAGAGGUAAUGGAUUGUGUAAUUAUUUAAGGCAAUUGGCUACUAAUUAAAGGAAUGUCACAAUGCA